CGACAAUGUUUCAAUACCCCUCACAAAGUCCACGGAGCGCGCUUUCUCCUCGACAUUAAAAUCGCUGCUUCAACGAUCCGUCUUCAAUUUUUCCAACUCCCGUCAAGUCACGUCAAUCUUACAGCCCCAUUGCUUUUCACUGUCGCUUGGCCUUUGUGUUACACUCAAUCACAAAAUUACGGUUGCAAAAGGGAAAGUUUAGACCUAACCCUAACCCCUGGUCGCCGGUUGCCGCCUGAAUUUUCGAAAUGAAAGGAGGAAGUUCGAAAGCUGAUUCGAGGAAAGCCGACAGCAGGCUUGCUGUUAAGAAGCAGACAAAGAAAGAGAAGCAAGCAGCAAAGGAUCCAAACAAACCCAAGAGAGCUCCAAGUGCUUUCUUUGUUUUCAUGGAAGGCUUUAGGCAGCAAUACAAGGAAAAGCACCCUAAAAACAAAUCAGUUUCUGCUGUUGGCAAAGCUGCUGGUGAAAAGUGGAAGUCUAUGACUGAUGAGGAAAAAGCACCCUUUGUGGCUAAGGCAGAGAAAAAGAAGAAGGAAUAUGAGCGACAGAUGGAAGCCUACAACAGAAAACUGUCUGGAGAAGGUGAUGAUGAUGAUGAUGCAUCAGACAAAUCGAAGUCAGAGGUUGAUGACGAGGAUGAUGAGGAAGGCAGUGAGGAGGAGGAAUAAGAUGAUGACUAGGAGAACAUCAAGUGCGCAAGUCCUCGAACAAAGAAUCUAUUGUACAACUCUAGUGUUGAUUUAUCGACUUUUGACUGUUGGUGUAUGUUCUGGACAUGGAAAUGACCCUACUUUGUGUUCAUGCUUGUAUUAGUAGUUUUACAGUCUGGACAACUUUGUUGCUGCUCUACAGCUUCUUAGACCAUGGAAGUUGAUGUGGUGUUGAAUGAAAAUGCUCUAGUGUUUCAUUA